CCGAUUUUAAAGCAGCAGCUUGGAAGGAAGGAAGGAGAGAGGGAGGGACGGGAAGAGUUGCUGGAGGAGGAGGAGGAGGAGCAGCCGCAGCCGCAGCCGCAGCCGCGGUCCCGGGCGAGGCCACGUCUUGUUCGCGUAUUUUCCACCCGGAGAGUUGUAGCAGGCCCUUCCCCAGGACUGAGCGCGAUCGAAGCCCCCUGCCGGGCAGCCCCGACCUUCCAGGUGACAGCCGGUCACCGUGGGAGGAGCCAGCUCCGCCCCGAGUGCUUUCCCCCACCCCCCUCCCACCCUCUCCCGCGCACGGCCCCCGGUGCCCGCCCCGCCUCCCGGUGCCUGCCCGAGGCCAGCUCGGCGGCCGCAGCGGCUCUGCAGCUCCGGCGCGGGGCCCGCCGCCGUGUCCGCGCGCGGCCGAGCAGAGUCGGCGUCUGCAAGGGGCCGAGGAACUCCGGGGAGGGACGCGAUGCCGCUGUGACUCGCCCUUCCCGGCCGUCCCGCCGCCGGGCGCGCCCUCCUCAGUGCCCGCCCCGGGGCCGCGCCGCCGCCGCGGCCGCCGCAGCCGCCGAAGCCCCGAGUUCGGGGGCGCGGAGUCGGGGGAGGACCCCAGGGGCGCAGCAGUUGGCACAGUUUCCGCCGCGCCCGCCUUCGGCGCGGGACUUGGGGGCGCGGCCGGGCGCCGGUGCCCCGGAGCCGAGGCGCAGGCGAUGGAGCCCCCCAGCUGCAUCCAGGACGAACCGUUCGCGCACCCGCUGGAGCCCGAGCCCGGCGCCCCCGCGGCCCCGCCGGGCCCCGGGAAAGCGGGCGACAAGCGCUUCUGGCUGUGGUACGUGGGGGGCUCGUGCCUGGACCGCAGGACCACGCUGCCCAUGCUGCCCUGGCUCAUGGCCGAGAUCCGCCGGCGCAGCCAGAAGCCCGAGGCGGGCGGCGGCGGGGCGCCCGCGGCCCGCGAGGUGCUCCUGGUGCUCAGCGCGCCCUGGGUGCGCUGCGUCCCCGCCGGGCCCGCGGGGGGCGUGGGGCCCGCGGCCGCGCCGCCCAGCUCGGCCGUGUUCAUCUUCGAGCACAAGGCGCAGCACAUCUCGCGCUUCAUCCACAACAGCCACGACCUCACCUACUUUGCCUACCUGAUCAAGGCGCAGCCUGACGACCCCGAGUCGCAGAUGGUCUGCCACGUUUUUCGCGCCACGGACCCCAACCAGGUCCCGGAUGUCAUCAGCAGCAUAAGGCAGUUAUCUAAAGCUGCCAUGAAAGAGGAUUCCAAACCCAGCAAAGACAAUGAGGACGCCUUUUACAACUCGCAGAAGUUCGAGGUCUUGUACUGUGGAAAGGUGACCGUGACCUAUAAGAAGGCCCCCUCCAGCCUCAUCGACGACUGCAUCGAGAAGUUCAGCCUGCACGAACAGCAGCGCCUGAAGAUCCAGAGUGGUGAGCCGGGGGUCUUGGAGGCAGAGGUGCCCAGUCCACCCGCCGACGUCCUGCUGGAGGAAGACGACGUCGAGCCCGGCACCCUCCCGGCCUUUCCCGCCCUCGCCAGCCAGCCCGUGCCGUCCAGCCAACGAGGGUCUUUCCCAGAAAGGAUUUUGGAAGAUUCUGGCUUUGAUGAGCAGCAGGAGUUCCGGUCUCGAUGCAGCAGCGUCACCGGAGUCCUGCAGAGGAAAGUUCAUGAGAGCAGCCAGAAGCCACAGCCCCGAAGGAGACACGCCAGCGCGCCUAGCCACGUCCAGCCGUCGGAUUCGGAGAAGAACAGAACAAUGCUGUUUCAGGUUGGGCGAUUUGAGAUUAACCUUAUCAGUCCAGACACAAAAUCAGUUGUGCUUGAAAAGAAUUUCAAAGAGAUUUCUUCUUGUUCUCAGGGCAUCAAGCAUGUAGAUCACUUCGGCUUUAUCUGUCGGGAGUCGCCAGAGCCUGGCCUGAGUCAAUAUAUCUGCUACGUGUUCCAGUGUGCCAGCGAAGCCCUGGUCGAUGAGGUAAUGUUGACUCUGAAGCAGGCGUUCAGCACGGCGGCGGCCCUGCAGAGUGCCAAGACCCAGAUUAAGCUGUGUGAGGCCUGCCCUAUGCACUCUUUGCAUAAGCUCUGUGAGCGGAUUGAAGGUCUCUACCCGCCAAGAGCCAAGCUGGUAAUACAGAGACAUCUCUCGACACUGACAGAUAAUGAGCAAGCUGACAUCUUCGAGCGAGUCCAGAAACUGAAGCCAGUCAGCGACCAGGAGGAGAACGAACUGGUGAUCUUGCAUCUGAGGCAGUUGUGCGAAUCCAAGCAGAAGACACACGUUCAUAUUGGAGAAGGCCCGUCGACUAUUUCAAAUAGCACAAUUCCAGAAAAUUCAACAAGCACUGGAAGGUUCAAACUUGACAUCCUGAAAAAUAAAGCUAAGAGAUCCUUAACUAGUUCCUUGGAAAACAUUUUCUCGAGGGGAGCGAACAGGAUGCGAGGUCGUCUUGGAAGCAUGGAGAACUUUGAAAGGUCCAACAGUCUUGCUUCCGAGCGGGACUACUCCCCUGGAGACUCUCCGCCCGGCACCCCGCCCGCCUCCCCGCUGUCCUCCGCGUGGCAUACGUUCCCCGAAGAGGACCUGGACUCCCCGCAGUUCCGAAGACGGGCGCACACCUUCAGCCACCCGCCGUCCAGCACCCGGAGAAAGCUGCACCUGCACGAGGGCCGGGCCCACGGCCUGCGCUCCCCGCUGCUGCGCCAGAGCUCCAGCGAGCAGUGCAGCAUUCAACCAUCCGGUCGGCGCAUGCACAGGACUAGUUCUUCUUCCAGUCUUCCAAGUCUUCACACUUCCUUCUCUGCGCCUUCCUUCACUGCCCCCUCUUUCCUGAAAAGCUUUUACCAGAAUUCAGGUAGACUGUCCCCACAAUAUGAAAAUGAAGUCAGACAGGACACUGCUUCCGAAUCAAGCGAUGGAGAGGGGAGGAAAAGGACCUCGUCGACUUGCAGCAACGAGUCCCUAAGCGUCGGCGGGACCCCGGUCACUCCUCGCAGAAUCUCCUGGCGGCAGCGCAUUUUCCUCCGGGUCGCCUCUCCCCUGAACAAAUCUCCCUCCGCCAUGCAGGAGCACGAUGGACUGGACAGGAACGAACUGCUGCCACUGUCCCCUCUUGCCCCAACCAUGGAAGAGGAACCCCGGGUUAUUUUCGUGUCUGGUGAAGAGGACCCAGAAAAGGUAGAAGCCAGGAAGAAAUCGGAAGAGCUAAGGAGUUUGUGGAGAAAAGCUAUACACCAACAGAUUUUACUACUUCGAAUGGAAAAAGAAAACCAGAAACUUGAAGCAAGCAGAGAUGAACUGCACACUAGAAAAAUUAAAUUGGACUACGAAGAAGUUGGAGUAUGUCAGAAGGAGGUCUUAAUAACCUGGGAUAAGAAAUUAUUAAACUAUAGAGCUAAAAUCAGAUGUGAUAUGGAAGAUAUUCAUACUUGUCUUAAAGAAGGAGUUCCCAAAAGUCGCCGAGGAGAAAUAUGGCAGUUCCUAGCAUUACAGUAUCGUCUGAGGCACAGAUUACCGACGAAACAGCAACCUCCGGACACGUCCUAUAAAGAACUCUUAAAGCAGCUCACAGCCCAGCAGCAUGCCAUUCUCGUGGAUUUAGGAAGGACGUUUCCAACUCACCCCUACUUUUCGGCACAGCUUGGGGCCGGGCAGCUGUCCCUCUUCAAUCUCUUAAAAGCAUACUCCCUGCUGGACAAAGAAGUGGGCUACUGCCAGGGCAUCAGCUUUGUGGCAGGGGUGCUGCUUCUGCACAUGAGUGAGGAGCAAGCCUUCGAAAUGCUCAAGUUCCUCAUGUAUGACCUGGGCUUCCGCAAGCAGUACAGGCCCGACAUGAUGUCGCUCCAGAUUCAGAUGUACCAGCUGUCCAGGCUUCUGCAUGACUAUCACAGAGACCUCUACAAUCACCUUGAAGAAAAUGAAAUCAGCCCCAGUCUUUAUGCCGCGCCUUGGUUCCUCACAUUGUUUGCCUCUCAGUUUUCCUUAGGAUUCGUGGCCAGAGUUUUUGAUAUUAUCUUUCUCCAGGGAACAGAAGUUAUAUUUAAGGUGGCACUCAGCCUACUGAGCAGCCAAGAAACACUGAUAAUGGAAUGUGAAAGCUUUGAAAACAUCGUUGAGUUCCUUAAGAACACGCUACCUGAUAUGAAUACAUCAGAGAUGGAAAAAAUUAUCACCCAGGUUUUUGAGAUGGAUAUUUCUAAACAGUUACAUGCCUAUGAGGUGGAAUAUCACGUGCUGCAAGAUGAACUUCAGGAAUCUUCCUAUGCCUGUGAGGAUAACGAACCUUUGGAGAAACUGGAGAGGGCCAAUAGUCAUCUGAAAAGACAAAACAUGGACCUGCUAGAAAAAUUACAGAUAGCACAUGCCAAAAUCCAGACCCUGGAAUCCAACCUGGAAAAUCUGUUGACCAGAGAGACCAAAAUGAAGUCUUUAAUCCGGACCUUGGAGCAAGAGAAAAUGGCUUAUCAGAAGACAGUGGAGCAGAUUCGGAAGCUGCUGCCCGCAGAUGCUCUGGCCCAUUGCGAAUCCCUGCUAAGAGACCUCAACUGUCCCCCUAACAACAAAGCCAAAAGCGGAAACAAGCCAUAAACCAAUAAGUGCCGUUCCUGCAAAAAAAAGGCCUUCAGAAGGCUACAGAGGGAAGAGUCUGCAGGCUGCUGGCUUGAACUGGACCCGAGAGGCUGUGGAACCACCGAUGUCUGGUGCCAAGCACCGUCCUAGCCCACAGACGUUGCUGUCAUUGGAGCAGCCAGUCGUAAGCCAUUGCAUACACCAGGACUGGUUUUUGUGGUGGUGGCCAUGAGUGACUAUGUGCAUAUUUAUAAAAUUCUUUGGACGCAAAGAAUUUGUGCUUUCAGAUCAUAAGAGUACAUGUAUAUUUAGAGGUUGUUGUUUUUUUUAAGCGAAACUUCAUGACUGACAUCCAAGGGGAGUUCAAAGGGAAGUUCCCUCUGGUCACAUGUAAAGUCAUUUUGUCUUUGUAGUGAAACAAGGCUAGAGCAUCUUAUACUUGAAGAAUACGAAUGUAUUUUUUCUUUUCUCCAAAGAACAGCGUGUUUCACUCAGUGGUGGAGAGGCAGACACUCUGAGGUAACGUGAUGGGCAUGUAUGUGAAAGCCAGAAACAGCUAAUUGCCAGUCAUGCUCCUUUGAGAUUUUCAAAGGGUCGAGGGGGCCUUCCUUCUCUACCCGCUUCGUGCCAACCAGCCUGUGGCAUCUACGUGCAUUCUGAGUCUAGUGAGACAUUAUUUUAGACAUGUGUAAGGAAAAAGCUAGACGUUGAGACAGAUUAUCCACCCUGCUCAAGGAGAAAGGGAAUGUUGCUAAUUUCCUUGCAAAUUAGUCUCAUACUGUUACUCAAACUAAAAUUACAGGCCUCCAGUUUUUAAUUUAGGAUCUAAAUGGUCCAGAUCAUCUCUCUCACUUUCUAUUUAAAUUAGUCCCACAAUUGUGAAUGAACUUCUCUUUACUUGGUGCCAUAGUUAGGGAGAAGCACUUCCUGUUUCUCCCUCCAAAAUGAGGAGUUCUUGCUUUAGUGCUCUACCUUAAAUGAAGGAUAAGGACAUUAUGACUAGGGAAAUUAUGAUUUGGGGCAAGAAAAUGAUGAUUGGUUUUCUGAAGCUGAUAGGCAGUGUUGAAUAUCCUUCCUUCCUUCCUUUCUUCCUUCCUUUCUUCCUUCCUUCCUUUCUUUCUUUCUUUCUUUCUUUCUUUCUUUCUUUCUUUCUUUCUUUCUUUCUUUCUUUCUUUCUUUCUUUCUUUCUUUCUUUCUUUCUUUCUUUCUUUCUUUCUUUCUUUCCCUUCCUUCCCCUUCCUUCCUUCCUUCCUUCCUUCCUUCCUUCCUUCCUUCCUUCCUUCCUUCCUUCCUUCCUUCCUUCCUUCCUUCCUUCCUUCCUUCUUUCUCUCUCUUUAUCUCUUUCUCUUUCUCUCUCUCCUUUCCUUCUUAUUUCCUUUCCAUUCUUCCUUCUUUCCUUCUCCUUCCAUUGAGAGAAUCUAAUAAAUAAGCUCUUGAGCAUCUUCUCCUUGGAAGUGAGAAGUUGGGAGAACUGUGAAAUAUUUGAGAGCAAAUUGUUGCAAUCCAUGGGAAGAGAAGAGCAAGAUCCUCUGACCCCUGUCCAAUUCUUCAUUUGGACUCUGAUGUUCUCAGGUCACAGACGGGACCUUCACAUAUGCUGCUGGGUGUAUGGAAGGAAAGUGAUAUUCAAAGUACACAGCAAUUCUCUAUUGCAGAAAUGGUUCUAUCAUUGUGCCUCUGAAGGUUGGUGCCACAUUUUUGCCUUUUCAUACAAUAUUUAUCUUUACUGCUUUUCGCAGUAUUAAUAUUAUCACAAAUGGAUUACCUGGAAUAAUUGGAUAACCUAGAAAAAUUUUCUUCAAAGGGUUCUGUUACACACAAACUAAAAUUAUCAUAACAGAAAGGAAAAGCUCUAAAGGUUUCAAGAAACCUCAGUGAGUAGACCAUAAGGAUCUGUAACCCGCUAGGUAUCAUUGCUCAGUAUAAAUGAAAUGACUCGUUACAAAUCAGCAUGCUGUCCAGGAAGUUCCUUAAAAUAAAGUCUUAUUAGUAAAAUUAGUAUAAUUCUUACAUUCUAGAAAAAACGCUGAUUCUAGAUACCCCAUUCAUCUAGGACAAGCAACUGAUUAUUUAUUGCUUGGAAUUCCGAAAGAUUUCUCUGUUUGGAGAAGUAGUUUUCUACAGUAAUAUGACAAAUGUCAUCUCGUUACUAUCACGUGGUAAAAAAUUAACUUGUGUGUUUGUCAUGGACUCUUCAAGUUGGGGAGAGAAUCUUUGCUUUUUUUGCUGUUUGGUUUAGAAUCUGUUUUAUUCUGAAUGGUCAGAGUCGACAUUAAGGGUUGUAUUUUGGUGUUAAAGGGAUUAAGUGACUUGGAUAAAGUCUUUCAUUUGAUAUUUAAAUGUUGUGGAAGUUGUUGCAUCUUCAUCUGAUUCACGUAAUGUUUAGCUCAUUUCCAAUAAAAACAUCGCUACAGUUUC